AUGGGUUGGUUUAGUAGUUCAGACAGCGGUUCGUCCGCCACUGGUUCCGGCGAGGCCGUUGGAUUGAUGGCCCGAGCGGAGGCCUUCCAGAAGCAGGUGGACGGUAUGCUCUCCGAGGUUACCCGUAUGAGCUUGCCGCUCCAGAAGUCGGCGUUUGAGUGCUGUGUGCGCUGCUUCGACGGGGGCAACGAGAACUUAGACACGAUCGGCGAGUGCGUGAAGCAGUGCCAGAGCCGUCCUGAGAAGUUCGGCAACGCUGUACAAAGCGAGCUUAACCAGCUCCAGGAUGCACUUAUGAGCUGUCAGAAGAAGUGCGUGGAUCAGUUUACGUCGAAGGCUGCCGGCCGCUCCGAGUCGAUCUCCGCCUCCAUGGAGCGUUGCGCAGUUCAGUGCUACGACAACAACGAGGGUCUUCUCAAGGAUAUUUCGUCUCGUCUGACCAGCAUCUACCGUAACUUUUAG